UAAAAUUAAAUAUUUCAACUGUCAUAUGUGUCAAACCUAACAACCGUAAACAUUUAAGUUUUAUGCUAUUGGUUUUUAUGACUCACGGGAAUUUAUUUAUUUAUCUUUAAAUUGAAACAAAUAAAUCUUUAUAAAAAAUUAUAUAUUAAAUUACUUUUGGUAUUUUGUCUUUACUUAGAGAUUUAAUCUAAUUUUAAUGUCUUAUCUGUGAUUGUUAUCAGUCGUAGAUUAAAAACGACAUGUCAUUAAAGUGAGACAUCGAUUUGUCAAUUCAUGUUUUGAACUUGUCAUAAUAAUCAUUGAUAUCUGUUAAUACCUUGUCGUCCAGUGAAGUGAUUCCACAGUUGUAAUAUACUUUAAGUAAGAUGGUCAACUACGUGGAUAUAAAGGGAUUUCAAGAUUUUACUAAAUAUACAGAGCAAAUAAACUCAAAUGAUCCACCUGUAUUAUUCUUCUUUAGUGGAUCAAAACUUCCCAAUGGCAAUAGUUGGUGUCCCGACUGUGUUGAAGCGGAACCUGUGGUCAAAGCAUUUCUAAGCGAAUUGAAGAAAGAUAUAACCUUUGUUUAUGUCGAUGUUGGCGACAGAGAUUAUUGGAAAGACCGAGCCUGCCCGUUCCGUACCGACAGUCGCACUAAGCUGAUGGUAAUACCGACGAUAAUAAAAUGGAAAGGAGUUCAGAGGCUAGAGGGCAGUCAGUGCAACAACAGGGAGUUGCUGCAAAUGUUGAUGGAAGACGAGGAUUGAACCAUUCCAAAGAUUAUAUCGAAAUGGCUACUUAUUAUUAAGCCAUCGUGGAAUAAAUUAACGAAAAAAGUAUUUGUUAUCGUAAUUAAGGAUCAAUAAAUAAUUUUGUAAUCGUC